GUUAAUUUUGGGGUUCAACUUCAUUCUUUAGUUGAGUUGUAGCGAUCUCGGUGGAGGGUUUUGAUAUUGAGAACUCAACACUCAACUAUUUCCUUUUUUCGAUAGUUUUCACUAUGUUAUGCUGCUUUCUUUCCUUCCUGCUGAGGAUCUGUCUUUCUCACUAACUGAUCAAUCUCUAGAAUAUGGCAAACAAAAAUUCAGGUUUAUUUCGAUUUUGGAGACUUGGUGGAAGUUCCAGUAGUGUUGCUGAAGAUUAUACUGCAGGCGCCGUCACUAAGUUUAAGUAUGGAGAACUUGAAGCUGCCACAAACAAUUUUGCAAUAGAAUCUCUUUUGGGUGAAGGAGAACACGGGCGUACAUACAAAGGUCGCUUAAAGCGCACUCGACAGGUAGUUGCAGUUAAACAAGUUAAUGGGAAAAACAUAUCUGACAUCUACCGCUGCAGUGAACAGUCAAUCCUUUGGACAAUUCAUUGGCGUAGCCUCUUAUACCAUCCGAACAUAGUCGAUUUGAUCGGGUACUGCAGUCAUGGAGACCAGAUAUUUUUUAUUUAUGACUUCAUGCUGUUGGGAUCCUUAAAGGACUAUUUACAUGAUCUUCCGGCCGAUAAGAAGCCUCUGGACUGGAAUACAAGGAUGAAAAUCGCAGCUGGUGCAGCUGAAGGAAUAAAACACCUGCAUGAUGAAUCAAGUCCUUCUAUAGUUCAUGGAAAUAUCAAACCCUCUAACAUUCUCUUAUUUGAAGGAUAUCACCCAAGGCUUUCAGAUUUCUUCGGGUUUAAAGAACAUAUCCUAGAACCUGAAUUUACAAAGAAUUUAAGCCUCAGGUGUGCUCGUCAUGCACCUGAAUCUGUUGGAGAUGGUAAACUUACUAAACAAUCCGACAUCUACAGUUUUGGCUUUGUCUUGCUUGAACUGAUUUCAGGGCGCAAUGCAGAGAUGAAGCUUGAUCUCAUUGAAUGGGCAAAACGUAAAUUGGUGGGCGGUGAGGAAUUCACUGGGGUGGCUGACCCGGUACUGAAAGGCCAUUACCCAGAGCAAGGAUUGUACCAAGCUCUUUAUCUUGCAGCUGAAUGUUUACACGCUUACAAUGUGGGUCGGCCUGGUAUAGGACAUGUUAUGAAUGUUCUAUCAAAUUUAGCUUCUGAAAUUUACGACCCAGAUGCUAUCCAAAUAAAUCAAGCAGGUACACUGACAAUUGGAAACUUUGAGAAGGAAAGACUAAGAAACCAAUGGCAACAUGUCUGUUUUUUAUUCUAGAAAUGUUUUUACUGUAUUAUUUUUCAGUUUAAGUAAAAAACCGAUUAAGAACGGGAUGAAAGGGUUGGUUCGAUAGCAAGAUGUAUUUUCUUUUCAUUAAACUUUUCCAACGCACGAGAUGACAUUACAAUGUUGUUUCAAUUGGACUGAAUUUGAAAGAAAGCAUAAGAAAUAAUUGACAGCAAGCAAAAUCUUAAACAGUU